ACCACCACCAACACCAGCAGCAGCAGCAGAGCAGUCCUCAGCAGCAGCAGCAGCCGUAGGAGGUGCACUUUAGCGCAGCCAGUGUGCGUAAUCAGGCCGAUCCAGCGCUGAGUCCACGCCGCGCUCUGCUCAGUGAUAAGACUCCGAGGAAACAAGAGGGAGCGCAGCGUUUAACCGACCUGACACUUCCUCCUCUGCGGCUUCUUCUGCUUUUUAUUUCUACAUUUUGACACAGCUGGACUUGGGAGAACACUCAAACGGAUAGAUACUGGAAUAACUUUUCCCUCUCCAUCCCAUCUUGGCUUUUAAUUUGGAUACUUUUGUCAAAACGCGGGGAUGUAACACCUCCUCUGUUUCACUUCAUGACCAUGCCUAACGAGAACAAAGUGGAUUUUUUUACUUGAACUUCACUGAUACACAUCUGACACCGCUGGUUUGUCCCUGGCUGUCUCCGCGGUGGAGUGUAGGCCCCUGCGUAAGACCCCCGCGCUCCCUAAAUGCCCGGUCCGCAGCGGCUCGAGGCUGCCCAGCAAGAUGAGCUCGUGGCUGGCGCUGCUGCUCGUGACGGCGGCGUGUCUGCGCUUUGGCGGUGCCGAGGGGGACCCUCUUCCUGCAGCGCUGGUGGAGCUGGUUAGAAACUCUCCCAUCUCGUCCAUAGAAGACCUCCAGCUGCUGCUGCUCUCUGACUCCGUAGAUGAAGACCAGGACACAUCAGCAGCCUCUGGAGGUCACAGACUUCCUAGGAGUCUUGAUGCCCAGCCGGCGCAGCAGGCCCUGUGCAAGGUCCGGACGGAGGUGGUGGAGGUGACCAGGUCCAUGUUGGAUCAGAGCAACGCGCACUUCCUCCUGUGGCCUCCCUGCGUGGAGGUGCAGCGCUGCUCGGGCUGCUGCAACACCAAGAGUCUCCAGUGUGUGCCCGUGGUCACGCACACCCGAUACCUGCAGGUCAUGAAGAUCGAGUAUAUGAACAAAAAACCCACAUACGCCAAAGCCGUGGUGUCUGUGUUGGACCAUGUGGAGUGUCGGUGUCAGCCCGCGACACGACCGCCCCCGCCCAAAAAGAAGAGCCCCCGACGACCGCACGGCAACCAGGCGCACGGCAACCAGGCGCACGGCAACCAGGCGCACGGCAACCAGACGCUCAGCACCGCACAGGGGCAGGUGAAAGUUCACUCCAAAGACGAGCUGCACCAGUGGGACGAGCUGAAGCAGAACCAGAGGUCCCACAUGGAGCACGACCUCACGGACCAGCACUGGAGCCUCAGAGGAGACACCUUCACCCGGGCGGCGGACAGCUCCAGCCUGCCCCGAGAGCACCCAUCCCGGGCUGAGGAGGCCUUCCACCUCACGCCCCUCUGGUCCCGCAACUCCACCAGUGACAAGACUGGACACUCCGCUGGGAAUAUCACUACUGAGGUCAGGGACAACGUGCGGGACAUUCCCAGCUUUGGUCUGGACGAGAGCACGCAAACGCACAGCCCGACAUGGCACCAGGACAAAUACACACAAAUCCAAACGAGCGCUUCUUCUUCUUCUCCUGCAUCCGUCACCCCGAACCCCGACACCCACACGGAGGCAAACGGGGACGAGAGGAGGCCCCGUCCCACCAAAGAGCCCAACCCGGACCCGCAGGUGAGACACGGGGACAAUGAAACGCCCCAAAAGGACAGGUUAUUUGAGCGGGAGGAGGCCAAGUUGGAGGAGGAGAGGAAGGAGCUGUUACUUCUCCACAAAAGGCUGGACCAAGAGAAGGAGAUCCUCAGACAACAGCAGCUAAAACGCGAAGAGGAGGAGAGGCUGAGGGAGGCCGAGGGUCACCUGCACAAACACCACCGCCAUCACGUGCAAACGACCACACACACGACAGCGACAACCGCCACAACGACAACCGCAACCACACAGCCGCCGGCAGCUCCAGCGGGGCCCAGGCCUCCAGCUCAGCCGCGGCAGAGGAGGAGGAGGAAAAACCGCAAACGGAUUAGCAAGGCAGCUAUGAGGGCGAUGCUAAUGUAAAAUAAACUAAGGUGCUCUCUGCUCUGACCACCCGGUGUAUUUCGUGGACUCACCCCCGAGAUGAAGCCUCCCAUCUCCCUCCCGCAGCGUUUAACUCGCCCGUCAGUCACUUCUCCCGUCAGAUCUCCUACAUAACACUACUAAUGACCGUUAACCCAACGUCCACGGAGAGAACGGAGUCGGAGAGAACGGAAGGACACGGGACACGUUUCUGGAGGAGGACUUUGGUCGGGGGGGGGGGGUGCUCUUUAAAGAGAUAAACCGAGUGACGGGGAGCCGGGUGCGGACCGGGGCUGCAGAGCUGGAGAACUGUGGACAAAUAGUGCAAUUCUGGACUCCAUUUGUGUUUGGAUAUCGACAGAGAAGGACUGAGUCGCCCUCCGCGCCACGACUUUGACUACUAAGAGCUUUCGCCGCGUAGAAACACUUAUUACAGUAAACGUGCGAGCGGAUUCGAUGCUUGUGGGUACUCUCCCGGGUACUCCCACCCUCCUAAGCUCGUCUGUUCGUGCUCGCGUCGGAUGCCCUCCCCCGUGUCUGUCCUCGGGGUCUGUGGAGCGUCAAAGCGGGGACAGGGGGCGGGCCUGGCGGGUGUACCAGGACGCUACUUCAACUUAAAGUAUAUACAAGGUGGUCAAACAGUUUGAGGUCACACAAACACGAGGCUCCCGCGCUCUUUUAGUGUUAGCCGUACAAUUAAAGCAGACAAUUGACGUGUUAAAGGGACGUCUUCAGGCGGUAUUUAUGUCCAGGGAUGGGAAAAGUAGAGGAAAUCUGAUGCUAAUCGAUGCUAAAGCUAAUAUCGAAACUAGAUGCACAUUUGAUACUGAGGAAAAAAAUCACUAACAAGAAAAACUUUGAGAUUUUCUGAAGUUUUAGUGUGAAAUAAAUAAAGAAGAAUAAAUAUAAGACGUCGUGCUAAGAUUAGGAAAGAAAAUACAUCUGUGACUGAAAAAGGGAGUGUUUUUCUCUUUUGUCGUGUCAGUGAAGACGAUUGAGUUUCUUAGUAUCAAAAUUGAGUUUGAAAAACACAAUUUAUGUGGAAGUUAAAUCUGGACAAUGAGAAACAAAAAGGAUUUAAACAUGAUUAUGUAGAACAGGACUAAACCAGGACUAAACCGGGACUAAACCAGGACUAAACCAGGACUAAACCAGGACUAAACCAGGACUAAACCAGGACUAAACCAGGACUAAACCAGGACUAAACCAGGACUAAAUCGGGACUAAACCGGGACUAAACUGGGACUAAACUAGAACUAAACCAGGAUUAAACCAGGACUAAACCAGGACUAAACCAGGACUAAACCAGGACUAUACCAGGACUAAACCAGGACUAAACCAGGACUAAACCAGGACUAAACCAGGACUAAACUAAGACUAAACCAGGACUAAACAAGGACUAAACCAGGACUAAACCAGGACUAAACCAGGACUAAACCAGGACUAAACCAGGACUAAACCAGGACUAAACAAAACCUAAACUUUGACUAAACCAGGAACUAAGCUGAAAAAAUCCUAUAUAUUUAAAUUUGAAACAGUAAAUGUCUUUAUCUUUUACCAAAUUCAUGUAAUAUUCCUUAUUUCAGCGCUCGGUCUAAAUCCCCGACGCUCUGUCAUGUUAUUUUUAUUAAACUGCAUCGGUCCAGAGACACUUCACACAUGUUGCUAAUGCUACAUGCUAAUGCUACGUGCUAAUGCUACGUGCUAAUGCUACGUGCUAAUGCUACGUGCUAAUAAACACCAAACACAUCCACAAAUCCCCUGGAAAAUGAUGAAAAACCAGCCUGUAGUUUUGUGUGGAGUAGAACAUUACUGAAGGAUGGCUGGGCAGGUUCCCCACCCACACCACAGUUUAGGGCAGAAAAAGGACAGAAAAAGAGAAAAACGGAGAGACAAUCAAACUGAAAAGACCAGUAUUACCAAGUCUGACAUCACCUUUUUACACUUUAUGCUUUAUGUUCAUAUACAACGUCUCUGUAACGAUAUUUAAUGUGUUUAACUCUAUACACUGGAAAUGUAAAAUGGUCAAUCCAACAACACAAUAUCUGUUUCCGUGUCGAUAUUCCCUGUGGUCUAUGUGCUAUGUCUUAUUUAUUUACCAUUACCAUAACUGUGGACUAACUGUUUUUAUACUGCGACAGAGAGGUUUUUAUUUGUACACAGUGCUUCGGUGUUGCAUGCGACGUCUCUCAGAUAUGAAACGUCCCGCGGCGUGAGGCUGGUGCCCACGCCCACGCUCCCUCUAGUCCCGGUCCCUGCGUUUGUCUUCAGUGCAGAUACGAGUCCCGUCUUUUGGAAAAUCACUCACGUUGAAAUUCUGGGAAAGUCAUCGUAUCCUACAGCAGUAUUUUCCCAUUACAGCGCGCGCUCGAUCCGACUUCCAGACAUUGUUUUGGACAUAGGCGGAACAUGAAAAAGUGCGUUGGAACCCGUUUAUUAAAAGCAGGAAGUGACUUUUUUUCGCGAGCGCACAUGUGGCUUUUCGUCGGGCUCGUUUAGAGAUGCAAACACUAGUGAUGCUGUCCACAAAGCAAAGUUAACAUCAUUUUAAGUUAUUGAAGAUAAUUGUACAGUCUGUGCUAACCUGAACUGUUAACUGUUUUAUAUGAAUGAAAGAAGAAGUGUGUUUGAUAACUCUGCCGCCUAAUGCUAUUUUCAUAUGGUAAAGAAGCUUAAAUUAACAAA